UGACGUCACAUUGAGUCUGUUGGACGCCAAAGAAGUAGCGUGACAGGGGUAGAUUCGGAAACAGUAUGACAGUUGUACCGGCAAUCCGCAAGGGCACAGCUAGUUAGGAUUUUUUUUUAAUUUGUACUGUUCUGUAGGGUACAUCUUUCUAGUGUUUUGAUGGUCUUAUUUUAGAGAAGAAAAAGCAAAACCGGAUAACUGCUAGUCAGACGUCCGUUCGCAUUAUUUGUUUAUGUGAGAAUUUGAUCGAGAAAGACUUUGUUAAAACUUAUUCUUGACGUGGGGGUAUUGCUUCAGAACCGAGCUCGAUCUGUCUACCAUGAAAAGUUUGCCUUAUUUCUGCAGAGGAGAAGUGGUAAAAGGAUUUGGCCGGGGAUCCAAGGAACUGGGAAUCCGUACCGCCAACUUUCCAGAUAGAGUUGUGGAGCAUCUUCCGGCUGAUAUUCCUACGGGUAUAUAUUAUGGCUGGGCAUGUGUUGGACAUGGAGAAGUGCACAAGAUGGUGAUGAGCAUUGGUUGGAAUCCUUUUUAUAAAAAUGAAAAGAAAUCAAUGGAAACCCAUAUCAUCCAUACCUUCAAAGAAGACUUUUAUGGUGAAGUCCUCAGUAUUGUUAUUGUGGGUUACAUCCGACCAGAAAAAAGUUUUAACUCCAUAGAUGAAUUGAUUGCUGCAAUUCAUAGCGACAUUGAAGAAGCUACUAGCAGACUGGAAUCAGAUGAUCACAGGAAGCUCAAAGAUGACAGUUUCUUCACACCUUUGGAUAGAACUAUAAUGAAUGGUCAUUGAAGGAUUCUGAUUGUUCUGUAGUUUCUAUGCUCUGUUUUCUGACAUGGUAAAGUGUUCCAUGCAGCUGACUGAAACAAUUGCCAGUACACCACUUUGUAAACAAGCCAGUGCUCAGAACUUGUGUUGACGGUCAUUCUGCUUGCUUUUCUGAUGUAAUCCACAAGGCACUGUAAAACUCAUAUUCAAGAAGUCCAUCCUUACAGCUUCUGAUAUGACUUAUUCUUGUAUUAUGUAUGUGUUUUAUUUCUGUAAUCAGUUACCCACACCCAAGGUCCACUUCUAACUCACCCACUAGUACAUAAACCUCCUAUCUGAGAUGUGUAUUCUUAAAGUUUCUAAUGACUUUUUGUUGUAUUGUGUAUUUUUAUCCUAUGAUCCACAGUCCUUUUGUGGCUACUCCUACAGUCUAUGACUAUCUUUUUUUUUUCUGGAGAUCUGCCUGUCAGUUUUAAUAUGGGAUUAACCUUUUACAUUGGCUGAAUUUACAUUUCAAAUUUCACUUUUCCUAUUCUGAACAUUAUUACUCUUCUCCUAUACUUCUCUCCUGUGGUUCCUGGUAUUGGAGACCCGCAGGUGCAUUUUAAUUUAAUGUAAUCAUGUCUUUCCCUAGUAUGUUCAUCUUCAUUGCAAAUUAGUGAGUUAUGCCAUUGUCUGAGUCACUAUGUUCUAGAAUGCUUUCAGGCAAUUUUAGUAGUUCUUGAAAGGAAGGAAUAAUCCACACAGUAAGUCUCGCAUUUCUAGAUAUUGUCAGUAUCUUUCAUGUGUAGAGCAUGUUCUUCUGUCUUGUCCUUUUUUACUGCCUCUGCAGGGAUAAUCUUACUGCCAACAGUUAUGUUUAUUUUUUAUGAUUGCUGCUCUUUGAUUUGUUCUCAGUACCUCUGAUGUGAGCUGGGUUAACAGUUUACCUUGGUUGCUAAUUAGGGUGAAACAUUAAUUGCUUCUUAUGAAGUACACACAGAUUAGUCCAGAAAUACCUUUUCUUUCAGUUUUGUAUUGGAUUCUCUGAAGUGCUGCUCCCUUUCUGGCCUUGUAGAAGUUUGUAUAGGAUGGGCAUUGUAAUGAAAUGUUUGUCCUUGGAGGAGAUCUGCAUUUGUAAAGGAAGGACAUUGAAAAGGCAAUGUUUGUCCUCAGAGGAGAUCAUCUGCAUUAGUGUGUGCCUUGGAAAUGCCUUCAGAAACCACUUUCAAGGGCAUGGGUUGCCUUUCAUGUGCCUAUUUGUUUAUGGCCUCUGCCAAAACUAUGCUAUCUACUGGUAGAGAAAGUAGGUAGUGUUUAGUUCACCGACGCUUAAAAAGUAGCAUGUUAUCAGCAGAUACAUACGCAGGACCUGAUACUUUUGCUGUAAGUGUGCAGUCACAGUAGGCUUAGAUUUUGCCAUCACAGAAGCAUUAGCAAUUUAUUGCGUAGUCCAGUAACUGCCCCUUAAUUUUGUUGAUGCUUUUCUUGAGAUGACUUCUGUAUUGGUGAUGAAUCAUCAGUGGCUCCAUUAAAGUCACACUGCCAACUGCUCAGUCACUUUAGUCUGUUCCAGCACUUUCAUUGCCUGAUCCAGGUUCACAGCCUAGUUAACAUCAAGGGAGAGUUUCAGAUCUCAACAGUACUGAGUAAACAUUAGUGAUGCAAAAAGAACUACAGGAAGAAGAAUUAUGUUUUCCCCUUGGACAGAUAUGCUUUGCCCCAUGCCUUAUAUUAUUCCAUAAUCUGGAAGGCAGCUUUUCAGACAUCUUAAAGGGCUCUGACAUGAUGGUGAGAAGUAGUUGACACUUGUCCUCUUUUAUUAGUUAUCCCCCUUGAAAGGGUUUACUGGAAUUUUUGUUGAUUUCUAGAUCCAUUCUUUAGAGUAUUUUAUGUUUUCUUUCCAACCAUGAACAUGAUGUGGCAGCUGACAGUUUCACCACCAUAUUUUAGCACAUAACUAGUGUGUUUUAUGUUGUAUGUCUGAAACUGGUUGACACUGUCUGGAAUGUGGUUAAGAUGUGUUAUGUGUAUGUUAGUAUUCAGUCUUAGACGUAAUGUUCCUUAAAGCUAUGCACAUUUCAUGUUGUCUUGAGGCUGAAUCACUAGGUGAAAGGAGACCGUUUUCUAUAUUAAAAGUUAAUAUAAUUGCUGGGUCUGGAUUGCGGUAUUCCAUUCUAAAAUAUUAGAUCUGAUAUGUUUAUUAGAAUGUCAUAUUUUCCUAAAAAUAUUUCCAUUAUGACUUUAAGAUAUGUCACAUUGGAAAUAACCAUCUUCAUUUUGUUGCUUGAUUUUAGGACUUUUAUGCAUUCUAAAGAAACUCCCUUUGUCUCUUAGAUGCUUGCACUUUUUUAAGCAAAACCCUCCUUGGAAAAUAUACGUUCUGCUCCCACUAGUUUUGUUGGAAAUCUUUUGCAUACAAGUCAGCCUUCUGGUCUUAUUUUGUAUUUCUGUAUAGUUAAGUUGAUUCUGUUUUAAUGUAGUGCUAAAUUUUACACUGAAUCAAGUCCUAUGGCUAAUCCUGCUGCUUUGUCACACUGUCUGAUGCACCGGUUUGAGGGAAAAUACUCUGUGCUAUUGCUUGAUACAGUGUUUUCACCUGUAUGCUUUUACGUAAAACAGUCAAAAAAGCAAAUCAGUUUUACAUACUACUGGUUAAGACAUUAUCCCAGUUUCCAGUCUGUUAUUCCCUUCCAAAUGCUUUUCCGUUGUUUUUCUGCAGCUGAUAGGACAGAUAAUUACUGGGUUAUGUAGAGGUUCCAUGAGAUGUAUUAUGAUCUUUGUGCUGCAGGGAUUUGACUGCAAUGAAGUUUCAUUUUUAAUCUCUGGAGCAUCCUUCUAGAGCAUUCUAAAUUUUUUGAGGAUGUGUUCUGGAGAGCGUGCUGUCUUCUUUAUUUAACUUAAUAAACGUUAUACUCCUGUGCAGACCAUAUUAUAUUGCACAGUGAGCCCAUCUUGAAGGAGAUGAUUAUUGCUGUCUUCAAAACCUGUUAAUGCCUCCUCAGUGGAACCCUUGUCAGUUAUGCAUGACAAGACAGUCUCUUGAUGUGUCUGCGAAGAGCAGAUACCUUUCUGGCCAGGAAAUGUGGACUUAUGCUAUCUUGAACUCUAAGAUAACAGUGAUUUGGUGAAGCAGGGCUUGGUAAGGUCACAAUGAAAUCCCAGCUCUAUUUGUAAUUUUUUACACUACAUCCAGUUAUAGUAUUUAUCUUUCUCCUUCAUAGAGCUGGGAUUCUGCUACUGCAUCAACCUCUUCAGAGAACCACUAGAAGAGUGCCUAUGCUCCUGACCCCCUCCCAAGGGAGGGGAGUCACCAUAGAUUACUGUACCAUAUCUCCCUCUGGGGGCUUCCAGGUGACUGAACUUGUUACUGAGCACUGUUAACUAGCAUUCCAGUCGGAAGCAAAACAUCAUCAGCAGUGAUCCAGACACUGAUUAAGAACUUUCUCUAGUUCAAGCUUUAAUCACAUCUUGUAGAGCUUUAGUACCUCUAGCUUAUGAAAAGAUUUAUGUUGCUGUAUACACAGAUUUAAUGCUUGGUAACUAUUCUGAUAGCUUGACUUUGACUGAAAUACGUCAGCUCUGUGCUUUGAGAAGCUUGAAAUCAGCAGCACUUCCCCACAUUCAUUGUGUAGUAAGAAAUGUUUUCUGCUGCUACCUGCCUGAUGCAUCUGAUGAUAAAUACUACUUUUGGUAAGGCCAAGAUUUCUUUUUGUUUCAUUUUGGCCUUGCAGUGGUAAAGUAUUAUAUUUGUCCUGAAGAAAGGAAUUAUUUUGUAUGAAAAGCCUCUGAAAUAUAGGAGAGGAAAUCUAGCUGUUCUAGCAGUUGAUGGCUUAGAUUCAUUGGCAUGACCUGCAAACCAGCUGCCCUAAAAGAUUUAACGUGCUUUAUUAUUGUGCAGCUGCUGCUUGCACUACCACAUGUGUGGGAUAACUUCUGCACUUGAGAAAACUUCCAUACGUGUAGCAUGCAGCUGUUUGACAACGUUAAUGUUCAUUGCAAAUUCUAACUUGGCAGCAGAUUUUAAAACUCUGGGCCUAUUGUCUGCCUACACAAAAGAUCACUACUGAAACCUUUAAAAUUGUAAUCAGUAGGUAUGUGUUUGGUGCCUGGAUUUUGAAAACUGUUAGAUAGACCAUUGGCACUUUUGUGGAUAUGUCACACUGAGACUGUUUUGUAGCUCUCUGGCUAGAUGAUAAUCUUGUUGUGUCAUUGCUAGUAUUGGAUUAUUACUGACAUUUGGAUGUAGCCCACUCAAGUUAUGUAUUAUUUUACCUUAUGUUAAACAGUUCUGCAUGCUCUUCUCAAAAACACCUGUAGACCAGCUAAUUGAUUUAAUGAUCAUUUGUGAUUUUAAAUUGUCUUAUGUUUUUUGAUUAGCAAUUUCCGUGUGUGUGUGUGUGUGUGUGUGUGUGUGUGUGUGUGUGUGUGUGUGUGUGUGUGUGUGUGUGUGUCAUCAGCAAACUUCUUGUCAGCCACAGGCCCUUACUGUUGACUUUGACAUCCGAGAAAUGGGUACAAAAGAAAAGUGGUCCCAGUACAGAUCCCUGUGGUACACUGCUGGUAACUAAUCUUUUGGUUGAGAGUGUGCCUCUAACCCAAAUGGACUGAGUUCUGUCAAUGAGCCAGUUUGCUGUCCAGCAGGUAACACAGAGAUUUACAUUUAGUUUGAUUAGCUUAUCAGUGAUGCCAGAAUGUGGAAUGGUAUCAAAGACUUUAGCUAAGUCCAGGUAUGCCGUGUGAAACAAUUUGCCAGAAUCCAGUGCAUCUGUAAAUUGUCCAAAACUCUUAGCAGGUUUGGAAAGCAAGAUAUGCCUUUAAUAAACACAAACUGCUUUGGGUCCAAAGUUUGAA